UCUACAGGCACAGUGUACCUGAUAGCCCAUAGUUACACAGUAGGUACUUACCGCUUACUAUUGUAGUUACUAGUUGCAACUGGUUGCUUCGCGCGGCGCCUGUUCCCUUGUCGGUGCUCGCUGUUGAACGGCUGUCGUCAGGAACAAUCGAUUUUUUUUUUCCCGGCACAAUAAUGAAUUACUUUCCUGUCACCUUCUUGUUGAUGGUGGCUGCCGAGACACUGCUGGCAGCUGUUAUGUCUGGCGUAAAUCAUCUGACCGACGGACAAGAAAUCGAAGAAAACCUAAUAAUUUCAAGGCGCAGGGCGAUCAACGAACAUGACCACCGCACAGAUUCUGCUUACGCCGGCAUCUUGAGUGAUGAGGAAGAUAUAGAAGAAAUGAAACAUUUAGAACCAUCUGAAAUAAAACCACGUAUGAACACUAUACUUGAAAGUAUGGAUUUAAAUAAGAACGGCUUUAUCGAAAAAAAAGAACUAUUAGAAAAAUUAUUAGAUUCUUAUCGAAAACUAUCAGCUGAAGAAUCUGAUGCAGAAUUUCUAACUAGUGAUCUUGAUGAAGACGGUUAUGUUACAUGGAAUGAAUAUGUUGGUGACACUUAUGGUUCAAGUGAACAUUUUGAUGAUGAAAUGACAGAAGAUGAAAAACAAUUAUUUUUGGCCGCUGAUGCCGAUAAAGAUAAUCAAUUAAAUAAAGAAGAAUUUCGCUAUUUUUAUACUCCUGAAGAUUACCCGCACAUGCAAUCUAUAGUAUUGCUAGGUGUAAUGAAUCGAUUUGACACUGACAAGGAUGGGAAAAUCACAUUUGACGAGUUUAUAGGGGAUAGAAGAACAGAGCAUACUGAAGAAUGGCUUCAGGAAGAAAAAACAAAAUUCAUUGAAGAGCUUGAUGCUAAUAAAGAUGGAGUUUUAGAUGAAGACGAAGUGCAUAAUUGGGCAUCACCAAACAACAAUAUGAUUGCAGAAAGUGAAGCAGAAAAUUUAAUUUUGAAAGCAGACAAGAACCAAGAUGGUGUACUAAGCUUUAAUGAAGUACUGGACAAUUAUUAUACAUUUAUUUCUCCAGAAAGUGAAGGAUAUUACAUAUUUAGAGAUGAGCUAUAAAAAUACCAUUUUUUAGGAUUUUAGACAUUUAUUUUAUGAUGAAGUUGGUAUUAUUUGAUUUGUGAAAGUGUGUUUAACAAAUUUAUUCUUAUAGUUUAUAUGUAAAUUGAUUAAUUUACAAUUAAUAAAUAUAAUUAAACUAAAACAAACUAUUUAGUAAUGUCCAAUAUAUGACUGUUGUUUUGAAAUUCAUCUUACUGGUCAUUUAUAUGGUACAAAUAUGUAAUAUAUUAUUUAUACCAUA